GAGCACUUGACAAAUAUGCUUAAGGUUCAAGUCCCAGUUACGUUAAAAAACAAACAAACAAAAAGUUGCUGCUGAGGCUAGAGCUUAGUUGGCAGAGAAUUUGUCUAGCAUGCAUAAACCCCUGAGUCUGAUUCUCAGCAACCCUCGAGCUGGCCAGCCCUGUCCUAGAACCUGAGAACGGCUGCUCAGGCCAACAGCGAGGCCUUGUGCAGGUCACCAGAACCCAGCGAGAGGUCCCUGAUUCCAAGCUUGGCCUCAGCUCGCAUGAGGGCUGAUCUGCUUCUGGUUUGCCCCUGCUUCGGAAGUGUUGUCUUAUCGAGGCGACAGUGAAAAAUGUGGGGUGCUCACUGAGGUCCCCUUCCUUGUCCUACCCUGAGCCAGCCCCUCACACAGCAGGAAAGGUCCCAGAGGGAAGCUCAAGGCCUCUCUGGGUCUCCCUUGCCUCUGCGAUCUUGGGAUUGCAGCCUCCUGAAUCCUGGCAACCCUUGAUGAUUCUUCAAGGCCUUGGUGUCUCUCCCCACCCCAGCUUUCCUAGCUAUUGUUGGCAGCUUAAUGUGACACUCACAGUCUGUCACAGCUGGAAAAGAAAGCCCUCCUCAGCCGCCACCCCCUAUUGUUGUGCUCCCAUCAGAAUUACAGAGUCAAAUGAGCUCUCAGAACAGUUUGGUUCCCAGCACGUGGUAAAAAGCUCAAUAAGUGUGAGUUAUUGUUCUUCUCCCAAUAGACUUCCAGGGAACGACUGAGCCCAGUUUUUACAGUCAGCUUCUCCUAACUCUCCCAUACAUUUUCUGGAUUAGGAUGUCUACUGUUGCUCCACAUCUACCACAGGAGGCUGUAAUCGAACUCUGGGGACCCCUGGAUGGUUUCCUGUCUUUGGCCUGUACAUGCAAAGCCUUAACCUAGGGGCUCAGGCUUGGAUAGUUCUCAGUUCAGGAAAGAACCCAAGGGCGUGGCUUUCUCAGAGACACCUUCUCCCCACUUUCCUUUGGCAGCAUCCAGACUCAACUCCAACUAUGUAAUUAUAGGAACUUCAGGUGUUCUCAUGCCUGUCCUCUGGAGCACAGUACAUGUGUGUGCACACGCACAAACACAUAUGCACACACACACUCACCUACAAGCACACCAGCAACCACACUAGUGUCUAGAAGGCACACUCAGCUCAUGUAAGACCAGGAUCACUCGGUGGUCAUGAGAACUGCUCUGGCGUGGUCGCCUACCCUGGAGAACAAGAACACAGAAAGGCAGGCUAAAGGCUCAGCCAGGUCAAUGGCACAGAAAGCUUGGUGAUCCGCUAUCUUUUCUUCCACCAAGGACCCAGAGUGAGGUUCUUGGGAUGAGGCCCUGAACUCUGUUAGUGACCUUGUAGUUGGGGGUAGGAGUGAGGUGAGCGGGCAGACAUGAGCUGUAUAAAGUCAUGACUCCUGGCUGCAACCACCCACCAGUGACUUUUCCAAAGCAGAAGUCUAGGGAGGAGUGUGGGCAGGGAGAGGCUCUAAUAUUGCGCUCAACCUCAGACCCAGACGGAACUCUUAGCCCUGGCUGGAUUUUAGGUAAUGUGGCUCAGAAUAAACCUAAGCUCUCAAUAUUUUUUUUCUGAUUUAGAAUUGUAAAUAGUAAAUUUACAUUCAUUGUAGAUGGAUAAUAGAUCAGAUAGAUAGAUAGAUAGAUAGAUAGAUAGAUAGAUAGAUAGAUAGAGGAAAAAAGAGGACAUGAAGAAGAAAAUGUAAAUCGUCUGUGCUCCCACCCCAGGCAGGUGCUAAUUACUGUUGAUACCUGGCAGAGUGCAGAUGGCUUCGUGCACCAAUUGCUUUUCUUCCUCUCAAUGGACCAGGCAAGGAAUGUUUUUCUCAAGUCAUUCUUUAUGGACCUGUUCAAAGGCCUUUCACCAAUGGGUUGUAUGCCAUCAUUUAUUGAACUUGUUUCUAGUUCUUGGACAUUCAAGUGACUUCUUGUUCUUUUGCUGUGUAAAAAUCACAUGUCUUUGUGCAUGAGGGGGACAAGCCUUGCUUGGGGGACUGGAAGAGCCCCUCAGAGCACAAGGAGGCAGGGACUCCAAGAAGGCUGUAGGUGGCUUGGACUACAGAGGCUCGACUGGGUGUCUGAGCUAGAGAGCCUGACGGGAGUGGAGAGUGAGCCAGGGCCUCUUGCUUCGGCCUGCUUUGGGCUUGAGAACAGCCUUAUGGUCUCCGGGCAUCUCUCCAUCCCUUCUGGGGGGAGGAGAGGGCGUGAAAAGGAAGGAUGGAGACUUGCCAAGGCUUAUAGAGGUUAGGACAGGAUUGGGUUUGAUGCAUGUAGCGGUUCUAAAGGCCCUGGGGCUGCCCACUCUUCCCCAAGACCCCUGCACACCUCAACCACGAGAAGAAAGGCAGAGCUCUGCUUUGGCUAAGACCCUGGAGGCUUUAGACCCAGGGGCUAUCCAUUCAGACUAUCUAGAGAAGAGACUGAGGGUCCUCUGGGAGCUAUGUCCUUGGUUGUUGGAGGCAGAGAUAGAGAUAAGACGGACUGGGGUGGUACAGGUGGAGCUGGGAAGAUAGAGGCAACUUCGUGACUCUCCUGUAUCUCUGCCCAAGGCAGAUAUUUUGCUUUUCUCUCACCUCGCUCAACUUGCCCACUGGGCAAUGGCAGACUGGCAAAAUCAGGAUGGUGUACCUCACUAGGUUCCAAAUGUGCGCGCCUAUCUCCUACUUUAGCAGGAGCCCCUCCUGUGGGGCUCCAUGGAGCUAUAGAAUCAUAAAAUGUUGGCACUACAAUUGCCCUCUUCUGUGGGCACUUCCCCCAACCCUUCAUGGGUUACCUCAGGAAAACCUGAAAGGCCAGAAAAGGCUGACAGACCAGGAAUGGGGUCUCCAAGCAUAGACCUUGGGCACUCUGGUUCCCUGCCAUCAGCAAGAAGCCUUGUCCCCAUCACCGUAAUAUGAGGGUUCCUUGCUUUUUGGAAUCCCAGGGAGGAAAAAUGAGGCCCUGCAUUUGUGAUCUGAACCUACAUCCCAACCCAAGCUUCGUGCUCCAUCGCCACACUGGGUGACAGUCACAUGGAACUCACAGCAAAGCGUUGUCCAAGCAGGGCCCCUAGGCACAUGGCGGCCCCGCACCCCAGCACACCUGUACCUGCUCUGCAUCCGGAGCUGGCCUGUUGGGUCACAUGCCCUGUCUGCUGUGCUUUGGUACUCUUCAUUAGACAUUCCUCUAGCUCCAGGUUCAGUGCAGAACUCUCAGGUACUCAGCACCACAGCAGCCUCUUCUCAUCCCGUUCCCCUCAUCAGAAUGCCAGCUGGGAAGUCAGAAAGGCCCCAGUGGGUGAAGACAAGUCCUGAAGCCCAGAAAUAAAGAUCGCAGCCUCUGGGGCUGGACAGAUGGCUCAGUGGGCUCCGUGAAGACUGCGUGGUGGCCGGAGACUCCCCUCCCUGGCGACGUCCUGCCUGCGGAACCAUGGAGAGCCUGAGUGAACUACAGAACCCACUGCUGCCUAGAAGCCCCACCCACCUCCACAGACCCUACCCCUACCCGGAGGCCCCGCCCGGCUGGUCCUGCCAGGAGCAGCUUUAUUCCUUUCUCCUAGGAGGUGCUGGUCCCGCCCGUGCCCACCAGCUCCUAGACCCAGGGUCCCUGCAACUGGCCGUGGAGGCCUGGUAUCGGCCUAGCUGCCUCCUGGGGAGGGACAAGGUCAAAGAGCCCAAAGCAGGCAGCUGUGAGACCAGCUUCACCGAAGCCAGGGAACCUUUAGCGGGACCUGCAGAGGAGGGCUCAGAACCUGGUCAAGCUGCGGAGGACGUAACCAUCCACACUGUGUCCUACGGGGUUCAAGAGGAGUUGCAGGGCCAGGAGGACAGUCAGGAGGAGGAGAGCGAUGGGACCUCCAGCGAGAGUGAGUGUGAAGACGCCUUCCUCACCCUGCCUCCCAGGGACCACUUGGGACUCACUCUCUUCUCCAUGCUCUGCUGCUUCUGGCCUCUGGGCAUUGCUGCUUUCUAUUUCUCCCAGGGGACCAGCAAGGCCAUCUCCAAAGGGGACUUCCGCCUGGCCAGCACCACCUCUCGCCGAGCUCUCUUCCUGGCCACACUCUCCAUCGCUGUGGGGGCCGGUCUCUAUGUGGCUGUGGUGGUAGCUCUGGCUGCUUACAUGUCCCAGAAUGGCCAUGGCUAGUGGUCAGUAGGACUAUCAUCCCAGCUCUCCUGGCCUACCGGUGAAAAGCUCAGAACUGUGUAUUCUAUGGAGCACCUUGGCCCUGAAGAGAACCUGCGACAAUAGCUUGCUGAGGAGAGACCUCCCGUUCUGCAGCCCACACAGGGGCCAUCUUGCCCUCUUGCCCACUGUUUUCCAGUCCCAGAGCAGGCUGGGUGUGGAUAGGAAGCAGGUGCAGCAGGGUUGUCCAAGAGGCCUAGCCUGGUGUACUCUGCCCACUCCCUACAGGACCUCUGCCCCAUAGGCAACUCAGUCUCUACUUGCCAUCUUCCCCACAGAGAAUGAGCAGGAGCAUCCAGGAAGGAGAAAGAAUUCCCAAGGGAUCAAGAACCUGGCUAGACUUUUCAGUUAAGAGGGUCCUCAUCUGUGCACAUUGUGAGCAGCUGCCCCACCCCCCAUCCCCUCAAGGCCUGAGACCCUCCAACCAGGAAAGAAAACCAUGGGCCCCAGCCAUCUCUUGCUCUUUCUGACUCUGGAUACUGCAUGUCUCCCUGUUACUGUGGAAGACGCUCUGCGGUGUCUCCCAGAUAGAGAUGGAGCCAGAGAGCUCUGUAAUGAGGGCAGGUUGCUAAGGCUUUUCUAUACCAGGAAAAAAAAAAAAAAAAAAAAAAAAAAAGGCAGAUACAGUGACAGAGAGGAUAGAGGCCUGGGAUACUGCAGGAUCACAUGACCUCCCGUUCUUCACCCACCAUACUUUCUGGGCUCUGCUGGAAGGGCCCUGAGAUGGUACCCGACCUGUGGAGACUGAGAGGGUACUGUUACUCCCUAGCUACAGCGCGCAGGGUCCUGGAUCCAGCCUCAUCCAGAAAAGGAUGAGAAGGGACUGGGAUACAGACAGAGGAGGAACAUAGACAGAUGCCUAAGGAAUUGGCUUCUCCAUAACUCUCCAUGCUGGUGGGCAGGGUGUGCCAGAGCCUCCCAUGGAGGUUCCCAGGAUGCUUGGAUCCUGCCUGGAGUAUCCAGUCUGGAGUUAAUUUUGCAGCCAUUCCUAAACCCUCCAGCAACCUGAGCAGAAAGGCCAAGCCUUUCUCUCCACCUGAGAUAUUUCCCCAUCUCUGAAUGAUGGGGCAGUGGCGGUAAUGGGGCCUGGGCACCUUCACUGAUAACCGCCACUCACGACUGCUUUCAACCCCCUCCACCACCACCACCACCCCCCCCCCCCGGGCACUAAGAGAUGUCAGAGAGCAAAGGGCGUGUACAGUGGGAAGGCAGGCCUGCUGGGACUUAAGCUAUGGACCAUCGUGCAUGAUUUGGGGGACCUGGCCAUUUCCUUGCCCUGUCUAGCCCCACACCCUCCCCACCUUCCUCACUUCAGGGGUUGCCCACUCCCCACACCCGCAGUUUUAAUGUCCCUCUACUUUCUUUAUUUAUCCUGGUAAUAAACUUUUAUGUAACACCUGG